CGAGAGGACGCCUGCGCGGCGGCGCGCGCAGGGGCGGAGGGGCAGCACGCGUGGGCAGAGCAGGCGCAGGAGCGCGCGCGGUGGACGGAGGCCGAGCUGCGGGCCGGGCGCGCGGCCGCGGAGGCCGCCGACAGGCUGCGGCUGGAGGGCGCGGAG